AGGGGAGGCCCUGAAUGUGUCUCUUGCUGGUGGAUCCCUUGCCCUUGUGGGAGGGGGAAGCGGAGCUUAUCCAACCAGAACUUGUCUGCUUACCGCAUGCUUGAUUAUCUCCCCCCCCCCUCCUCCAGCAUGUAAAUCCACCACAAAGAAGCUGAAGUUCAAAUAGGGCUGUUUUAGCUUCGCUUGAAAUGAUGGAUUGAAAGCUUCAAAACUGAAAUGCAAAGAGGCAGAGCUCCUGAAAAGCAAGUCGGUGCUGCAGCCUAUUGUCCCUGAGUGUCCAUAGCAUGGGGACCGACGGCUUUGAUUCAGCAAGCAAGUUAAAGGAACAAGAAUUUAAACAAUAAGGAAGUAACAGGACUGCAAUAGCCUUCUUAUGUUAUCCGUCCAGGCACAGUACCAAAUGCAUGAAGCUUUUCAUGCAACAGAAACUAGAUAACCCUCAUCGCGAAUGAAUGCAUUUAUUUUGCUGCAAUCAGUGAUGUCACUAUUUCUCUGGAUGAUCUAGUCAGUGAAUCUUUUAUUGUUAUCUUUAAAGCAAGUCUCAAGAUUGAAGAGAGAAACCAGAAGGAAACAGGAUCACAAAGCGCUUUUCAUACAAGCCAAUUCAAAAAUAAAGGGACCAUGAAGGCAGCAGUUUGCUUAUUGCUAAUGGCUAUUGUGGGAGUGCGUGCUAGCAAGACCCAAGAUUUCGAAGGCAGCGAUGAGGGAGAGGAGCAAGAAUUCAUUUACACAAACAGGUAUAAGCGCUCCAGCGACACACAAGACAAGUGCACUUAUACCUUCAUUGUACCUCAGCAGAAAGUGACGGGUGCGAUUUGUGUUAAUUCAAAGGAACCCGAAGUACUUGAAAACAGGGUAAAUAAGCAAGAACUAGAGCUACUGAACAAUGAGCUGUUAAAGCAAAAGAGGCAAAUAGAAACCCUCCAGCAGCUGGUGGAGGUAGAUGGAGGAAUUGUUAAUGAGGUGAAGCUUUUACGAAAAGAGAGCCGCAACAUGAACUCGCGGGUCACCCAGUUGUACAUGCAGCUGCUGCAUGAGAUCAUCCGAAAACGGGACAAUGCUUUAGAACUUUCCCAACUGGAAAAUAAGAUACUGAAUCAGACUGCUGACAUGUUGCAGCUUGCAAAUAAAUACAAAGACCUGGAGCACAAGUACCAACAUUUGGUAUCCAUUGCUAAUAACCAGUCUAUAAUAAUUGCACAGCUAGAAGAGUACUGCCAAAGAACACCCUCCAUUAAACCAAUCCCACAACCUCCACAGCCACCAAAUCGAGUCUACCAGCCUCCCACUUACAAUCGUAUCAUUAACCAAAUAUCCACCAAUGAGAUCCAGAGUGACCAGAAUUUAAAGAUUCUACCACCGACUCUCCCAACCAUGUCUUCAGUUACCAGUAUCCCAACUUCCACUGACAAACCAUCAGGUCCUUGGAGAGACUGCCUGCAAGCUUUAGAAGAUGGUCAUGACACCAGUUCCAUAUAUCUUGUGAAACCUGAAAAUACAAACCGAUUGAUGCAGGUCUGGUGUGAUCAACGGCAAGAUCCUGGUGGCUGGACAGUCAUUCAGAGACGUUUGGAUGGAUCUGUCAACUUUUUCAGGAACUGGGAGACUUACAAGCAAGGAUUCGGUAAUAUCGAUGGAGAGUACUGGUUGGGCUUAGAAAAUAUUUAUUGGCUGACAAAUCAAGGCAACUACAAAUUGUUAAUAACCAUGGAAGAUUGGUCAGGCCGGAAAGUGUUUGCUGAAUAUGCCAGUUUCCGACUUGAGCCAGAAAGUGAAUACUACAAGUUGCGACUGGGCCGAUACAACGGCAAUGCUGGAGACUCUUUCACAUGGCACAAUGGGAAGCAAUUCACUACACUGGACAGAGACCAUGAUGUAUACACAGGUAACUGUGCUCAUUACCAGAAAGGGGGAUGGUGGUACAAUGCAUGUGCACACUCGAAUCUCAAUGGUGUUUGGUACAGAGGAGGACACUACCGAAGUCGCUACCAAGAUGGUGUCUAUUGGGCUGAGUUCCGUGGAGGCUCAUACUCACUGAAGAAGGUUAUCAUGAUGAUCAGACCUAAUCCCAACACAUUCCACUGAAAGGAACUUCUCAAGCCUUUUAUAUAACAGUUUUGUGUGCUAUCCAGAACGCAUCUUUGCACCAGCAAAGAAUGUAAUAUAUUGUACAUGGACUGCUAUUAAUCAGAGGACUUGUAUAUUGUAUUUUCCAAGAAUCGUUCCAGAACCAAAAUAACAAGAUUUUAAGAAUGUCACCACAAAAUGAUUUUUUCCUUUUUUCUUAAGAGGUUUUUUUUAAGAGUUAUCAGGUAAAACGGACUGUAGAUAAGCUGAGAUGCUAAAAAUACUGCCACAUCAUCUGAAUAUUUUUGUAUGUUUUAUAUAUUCUCAAAUACUGGACAUAUUAAAAACUGUACAGCAAGACUUUUAAAAAUAAUAAAUUCAUUUGACACAGGAAAUAAUAUCCUUUGAAACUAUGUAGCCAGUACAGGUAUAUUAGAUUGUUCCUAAUUUAAACUUCUUUAGAUAUUGAGAGAGCGUAGUGUCUGCUUUGAAGCGUCCACACUGUGCCCAGCACAAAUAGAAUCCCCUAUUCUUCUUGGGUCUCAAAGCACUCUUAGAACUUAACAAUGAAUCAUUUUGUACAGGACAAACA